AUGCACACAAGCACCGCAGCCAUGAUGAACAAGGGGGGUGAUGGUGGUGAGCGGCCGACUAUCACAGCGUUGGACCGCGGCGACGGCGUCGACAUGAAGCGGGAAAGCAGUCUCCUGCCAGGUGAGGUGCGCACACCGACCAUGAUCGUCACGCUCUCAGAGGCCUGGGGCGAUAGCAGCGCCGACUGGGCAGCCCCAGGUAGUAGCUCUCUCUGGGAAGAGGAGGCGGCGAACCGUCCUUCAGCGCAAACUCCUCUCACACGCUACGGCCGCAGUGAUGUGUGGGCCUCUGCGACGGGAUCGCCGCUCAUGGGCGACAGCAUCUCACAUCAGCACAGCUUUGGACAGGCCGAGGCGAAGGGCAACCCAGAUACCCCAGACACUGCCGAGUUGGCCGCGGCAGCUCUGCAGGCACUCUCGCCCCAAGGAGUGCUACACACGGACUCGCGUGGAGUGCAUGUGACGCUGCCGCAGCGACAGCCGCUGCAGGCGCGCUACUCGGCCGCUGCUAACUACGGCUACGAAAGCCGCUUUGGCACCGUUCACGAGGCGCCGCUUACCAACGAUCUCACGCAGUUUUUCCCACGCCCCUGGCAGCCGCAAUCGCCCCCAAAGCCGAACUACUACACGGUUCAGGAAAACUCAGUCGCCCCAAGUGCAGCGUUAGCAGAACCCACUGCGGUGUCUCGCAGCGGUACCCGUACAGCCAGCCCUGGGAGUGACGCGGUAUUCUCCGGCGGUUCCACUGGGAUGUCGUACGUACCGCGCCUAGAGGACGAGGAGGUGGCCCACCGCAUCAUCAUCUCCGCAGGUUUACCGCUGGCGAUGCACUCGCUUGUCGAGUACAUCCACGGAGGCCAGCCGCGCGCGCCGGCGCACGCCACUGCACUAGGAACCACUCAGAAUGCGCUGCGCAACUACCCGAAUCUGAGCGACCCGCCGGGAGAGGAAGAGACAUUUGGCGGUCGAGGCGGUGCCGGUGGCUCGUACGGUAGCCGUCCACAGCGUGGCGGGUACGGGCAGUCGCUGCAGAUCCGCUGUGGACCGACGAUUCCGUCCCUGAAGCAGGACAACAGCUUUGCCGUCCAGGGUCAGAACGCCACCGGUGACUCUCCGCAAGACCAGGCACUGGCGCCGUCGUCCAACUACGGCGGCGGCUUCAUGGUGUCCGCUGGCACCGGCACCACUGCGGUGCCGAGGGUAUCGGCGCGCGCACCUUAUAGUGCACAUGGAAACGGUGUUUCUGGGCGCCACAAGAGCGAGAGUAAAUACCUUAGCGACUUGCUGCAUUUUCAUGCGAACUUUUUUCCGCCGCCGCCGCCACCGCGUGUGCCCGAGGACGAGCGCCGCAACCGCGCCGAGGUGUGGUACCACUACGCGAGCAAGUGGGACAUCACGCACCGCCUGCCGCCGCCGCCGCGGACGCCACUCCCCGAGAUGGAGCUUGAGUACCGCAUGCACCUCCAGAAAAUGACGCGGGUGCCGUACCACGGAGACGGGUGGCUGCAGAUGAGCGAGCGGUGGUUCGACGUCAUGCAGGCGCUCUUUGACUUCCCCGAGGACAACCUCGGUGACGAGGUGGACUUCAACGUUGUCCUCCAGCAGGCAGUGCUGAGCUAA